AUGUCGAAUGCACGUUUCGCCGACGAUCCGCCUCAGGUCAUCAACCAGGCGGAUCUUGAACUCGCCAACGAAAAGCUCGAGUCAAGGGAGAAAUCUUCCACAAAUGGAAACUCCUCAGGCGAGGAUGCUAUCGCCAAGGAGAACAAAGCCGUCGAACACGGCGAGAACGCCAACGGAGCCAAGCUUGAGAAGCUGGGCACAUACGACAAGUACGAGAUCACCGAGGACGACUGCUACGAUGAGCUCGGCUACUCAUUUCCCAAGUGGAAGAAAUGGUUCAUUCUCACCGUCAUUUUCUGGGUCCAGGUUUCCAUGAACUUCAACACCUCGCUCUACUCCAACGCGAUCCCUGGUAUCACGGAAGAGUUUGGCGUCAGCGCCCAGGGUGCCAGAUGUGGUGCCAUGAUCUUCUUGGUUCUCUACGCCUUUGGCUGCGAGCUCUGGGCUCCGUGGUCCGAGGAGUUUGGUCGCUGGCCAGUUCUUCAGCUCUCACUGUUCCUCGUCAACAUCUGGCAACUUCCUGUCGCACUCGCCCCCAAUUUUGCCACCAUCAUGGUCGGCCGUGCCCUCGGUGGUUUGUCCUCUGCCGGUGGCUCCGUCACCCUGGGUAUGAUUGCCGAUCUUUUCGAGUCCGAUAAGCAGCAGUACGCCGUCGCCUACGUCGUCUUCUCCUCUGUGUUCGGAUCUGUUCUCGGCCCCAUCGUCGGCGGCUUCACCGAGGAGCACUUGCACUGGAGAUGGUCCAUCUGGGUUCAGCUGAUCUUUGGUGUUGCUGUUCAGCUGCUUCACGCCGUCGCUGUCCCCGAAACUCGCACUACCAUCUUGAUGAACAGGAUCGCCAAGAAGCGCAGAGCGGCUGGCAACCCCAACAUCUGGGGUCCCGACGAGCUUGUACCCUUCGCCGAUCGCUUCUCCGUCAAGGAGGUUCUCUCUACCUGGGUUCGACCUUUUAAGAUGUUCCUCACCGAGCCCAUCGUUCUGGUUCUGUCGCUCCUGUCCGGCUUCUCCGAUGCCCUCAUCUUCAUGUUCAUUCAGUCCUACGCCCUUGUCUACAAGCAGUGGAACUUUUCCACCGUUGACAUUGGUCUGGCCUUCAUCCCCAUCGGUAUCGGCUACCUUCUUGCCUGGGCUCUGUUCAUCCCCGCCAUCCGUCGCAACAUCAAGGAACGCGAGGCUAAGCCCAACGACGACAGGGCACAGUACGAGUCUCGCCUUUGGUUCCUGCUUUACACUGCUCCGUGCUUGCCCAUCGGCCUCAUCGGAUUCGCUUGGACCAUUCAGGGCCCUCCCAUCCACUGGAUCGGCUCCAUGGUCUUCGCCGCCAUCGUCGGUAUUGCCAACUACGCCAUCUACAUGGCCACCAUCGACUACAUGGUUUGCGCUUACGGCCCCUACUCCGCCUCUGCAACUGGUGGUAACGGCUGGGCUCGUGAUUUCUUGGCCGGUGUGCUUACUCUGCCUGCUGUCCCGUUCUUCAGCAACAUCGGUACCGAGACCGGCAAGAAUCUCGAAUACGCCUGCACGAUUCUCUUCUGCAUUUCGUUCCUGCUGGUCGCCGCCGUCUACGUCAUCUACUGGAAGGGACCUACUUUGCGUGCCCGGUCGCCAUUCGCUCAGAAGUUGGCCGGUGCCAGGGAUGAUGCUGGCGGCCGCCGCCUGAGCCAUGUGCCUGGAGAUGCCAGCACUUCCGGUGCUGAUGCCUCUGGACGUCCUCCAAACAGACGCCAGUACAGCCAGAACUCCAGAUUCUUUGGCGAGAACCGCGUGACUCCCCGCGGUACCCCGAGAGGCACCCCGUCUGCCAGCAGAGCCAACAGCCCUUCCAGGCGCAAGCUCUAUGAAGAUGUCGUCACAAGACUGGCCCAGAUGGAGAGGCUCGUGGAGGAGCUUCAAACCACCAACCAGCCGGGGACGACUCCUCCGCAGUCCAGCGAGGUUGCGAUGACGGCAACACCGACGACAUCAAGCGUCUCACCUCUGAUUGCCACAAACACCACUCCACCGGCACCGCCGGCGGCGGCAACGGGCACGGCAACGGGCACGGCAACGGGCACGGCCAAAGCCUCCUCCGCCACGGCGUCGGCUUCGGUUUCGGCUUCCCACUCCCCCCUGUCGAGGCGGAAGGCCAGUAGCGCAAGCCCGUCGUCCGGGAACCCUGACACGUACCCGUCGCCGCCGUCCGCCACCUCCUCCACCGGCGCAAGGCCGUAUUAUGUGGGGGCUCCCAGUGAGCAGGUGGUCGCUGCCGCAGGUAAGAAGAGGCCCUCGUCCAGCAACUUCCGCUUCAAGGUCGAACGCGCCUGCUCGCUGCUCUCGCCGCAAGGCCUGAACCAGAUCGAGCUCCUCAUUGGAGACUCGAGGUUCAGCAACGCCCUGAACGCUUUGCAGCCCAGCAUUCUGGCAAACAACCCGGAACCGUACUUGACACCAGAAGACACCAACCACCCGCUACCUCCUAACCAUGUCAUCAUGGACUGCGUAAACGAUUAUAUGGUGACCAUGAACGCCGGUAUCAAACUGUUCCAGGAACACGAAGUGCGAGCGGCGCUGCGAGCCUACUUCCACGGCCAGCCCAUCGCAGACCCGGGCUGGCGGAUGGCCGUCAACUCGAUCAUCGCCCACACGCUGCGCAAGAGGAACCGCAUGCGCAACAAGGAAGAGUACGAAAAGUACAUCCACAACGCGCUGGGCAUGAUCCCGAACGUCAUCAUUCGCUCGCCCUCGCCGCUCACAAUAGGCUCGUUGCUCUCAAUCAUCCUGUACUACAGCUUCAUGUCCGAGAAUCACAUCGCCCUGACGGUCCUCGGCCUCACCGUCCAGCUGCUCCUGAUGUCGGGCUACCACCGCCCCGAACCCGACCUCGCCUUCGCCAACCCCUCCAAUCUCAACCCCGUAGAGCACCUCCAUCGCCGCCGCCUCUUCUGGCAGGCCUACAUCAUAGACCACGACCUCAUGCUCCGCAUCGGCAAGCCCCCGCUCAUCAGCGACGACUUCCUCCUCGACCUCCCCGAAGAGCAUCCCGCCGAUGGCUACAGCAUGUACUACUACCCCAACAACGUCACCCUCAACUUCUUCCUCCAGCAGAUCCGCCUCGCUCAGAUCCAGGGCCGCAUCUCGUCGGCGCUCUAUUCCAAGAGCGGUGUCCCGCCCUCGGAGCUCGAGGCCGAGAUCCGCCGCCUCGACGCUGAGCUGCAGGAGUGGAGGGAGAGCAUCCCGGAAAUGAUACAUCCCGAACGCGUCGAGGCCCUACUCGACGGCGACUACCACCGCAUGGUGUGUCUGACGACGCUGCACUUCACCUACUUCCAGCUCGUCGUGGCCAUCCACUCCGCCGCCUUCCGCCUCCCGAGCCUGGACGACCAGGAGAGCAUGGAAGCACCCGACAUCGGCCCCUCCCUAGCCCUCUGCGUAUCCGCGUCGAGAGCGGCAAUCUCGCUGCUGAACUACCACCAGAUCGAGCACCCGUACACACCGUAUCUCCUCUACCAGGUAGCAUGGAGCGUGGACAUCCUCUUCGUGAACAUCCUCCAGAACAAGACCUCCCCCCGCGCCCGCCGCGACCUCGACCUCAUCCGCACCGUCAUCUCCUUCUUCGAAAAGUUCGACCCGGGCCACCAGUCCGUCAUCUCCUACCAGAUCAUCGGCGUCAUAGCCGACGUCGCCGCCUCCGUCCUCGCCAACACGCCCACCCUGCCCCCGCACAUGCUCCCCGUCUCCCGCCCCUCCAACGCCAUCGCGCCGCCUCCGACAUCCAUGCGCGGCACAUCCCCCGCCACCGGCGUCGCCCGCCAGCAGGUCGCCGGGUUCCCUCCCGACACCGCCAUGAGCGGCACCACCGCCGCGGCCGCCCGGACCGGAAGCAGCGGGGACGUCCUCGGCCCCAUGACGAGCCUGAGCAUGUCGGACCAUCCCCCGCAGCAACAGCAACAGCCGGGGUUCAUGGAUAUGGGCGGGAUGCAGCCCGAGGGCCAGUUCUUCAACAACGGGUACAUGGACAUGUCGGACUGGCGGCUGCCGAUGGAUUACCAGCCGGAGCUGUGGCAGUUCGACAACGUCCUCGACGGCCGCUUUUCGGAACAGAACUGA